UAAGUGCAGAUUCAGACCGGUUUCUCGCCGAUACCGAAGAGGAGGACGCUGGGGGUGGUGGACCCCUGAUAUCUGUUUGAUAAAGAGGAACACCGGAUUGUCACUUUAGUCUACAGGGACGAAGAAUUUUACUCGCUAACUGGCAGAAACUCCAGCUGACGGACGAGGUGACGUUUAGAACAAUUUGGAGCUGUCAUAAACAGUGAAGCAGGUCGGAGGAAAAAGACUUCAGCCGAGGGGAACCCACAGCGGCCCCGUUCCACCUCAGAGACCGAAGCCGGGGAGCAGGGAGUCGUGAAGCCCGGGAACAGAGAGUCUGUCAGCGGAUAUAAAGUCACGUUUUGGCUAGUGCAGAGAGAAGUAACAACUGUGAGCCGGGUCGUCCGGACUGAGACCUCAUGAAUGGAAAUCGGAACAACAGGAGCCGCUGGAGCCCAAGCCCUUUUUUCAUUGCCUCGUCGACCGGGCUAUGGCACCAUUGGGAAACCCAUCAAACUUUUGGCCAACUGCUUCCAGGUGGAAAUACCCAAGAUCGACGUCUAUCUCUAUGAGGUGGACAUCAAGCCUGACAAAUGUCCUCGCAGGGUCAACAGGGAGGUGGUGGACUCUAUGGUCCAGCAUUUCAAGGUGACCAUCUUUGGUGACUGCCUGCCAGUUUACGAUGGGAAAAGAAGCCUUUACACUGCUAACCCACUGCCUGUCGCCACUGGUGGGGUGGAUCUGGAUGUCACCCUGCCAGGUGAUGGCGGAAAGGAUCGCCCAUUUAAAGUGACCAUUAAGUUUGUUUCGUUGGUCAGCUGGCACAUGCUGCAUGAAGUCUUAACAGGACGCGCCAUGGCCGAGCCAGUGGACCUGGACAAACCGAUCAGCACUAACCCUGUUCAUGCAGUGGAUGUAGUUCUUCGACACCUGCCCUCCAUGAAGUACACGCCUGUUGGAAGAUCCUUCUUCUCCUCUCCAGAGGGCUACGACCACCCUCUCGGUGGAGGGAGAGAGGUUUGGUUUGGUUUCCAUCAGUCAGUGCGGCCCGCAAUGUGGAAAAUGAUGCUAAACAUUGAUGUUUCAGCCACAGCUUUUUACAAAGCCCAGCCAGUCAUCCAGUUCAUGUGUGAGGUCCUGGACAUUCACAACAUUGACGAGCAGCCCCGGCCUCUUACUGACUCCCACAGGGUCAAGUUCACCAAAGAGAUCAAAGGUCUGAAAGUAGAAGUGACACACUGUGGAACCAUGCGUAGGAAGUACAGAGUCUGCAAUGUAACACGACGCCCUGCCAGCCUCCAGACAUUUCCCCUGCAGCUUGAGAAUGGUCAGACAGUUGAACGCACAGUGGCACAGUACUUCAGGGAGAAGUACAACCUGCAGCUAAAGUAUCCCCACCUGCCAUGUUUGCAGGUGGGCCAGGAACAGAAACACACCUACCUGCCACUGGAGGUGUGCAAUAUUGUUGCUGGCCAGCGCUGCAUCAAAAAGCUAACAGAUAACCAGACGUCGACCAUGAUCAAAGCUACUGCUCGCUCUGCACCGGACAGACAAGAGGAGAUCAGCAGGCUGGUGAGGAGUGCAAACUAUGAGUCAGACCCGUUUGUCCAGGAGUUUCAGUUCAGAGUUCGAGAUGAGAUGGCUCAGGUGACGGGCCGAGUCCUGCCCGCCCCCAUGCUGCAAUAUGGCGGCAGGGUGAGCUCUGAACCAUUUAUGCCCCAGCAGAUCAACCCUGCACUGUCGUUGCAGAACCGCACGGUGGCCACACCCAGCCACGGGGUGUGGGACAUGAGGGGAAAGCAGUUUCACACUGGAGUGGAGAUCAAGAUGUGGGCCAUUGCCUGCUUUGCCACACAGAGGCAGUGCAGAGAAGAGAUCCUAAAGAGCUUCACUGACCAGCUGCGUAAAAUCUCAAAGGAUGCUGGGAUGCCAAUCCAAGGCCAGCCAUGUUUUUGUAAAUAUGCACAAGGAGCAGACAGCGUGGAGCCAAUGUUCAGACACCUGAAGAACACGUAUGGGGGCCUGCAGCUCAUCAUCGUGAUCCUACCUGGAAAAACACCUGUCUAUGCUGAGGUGAAGCGGGUGGGUGACACCCUCCUUGGCAUGGCCACUCAGUGUGUGCAGGUGAAGAAUGUAGUGAAGACGUCGCCACAGACCCUUUCAAACCUGUGCCUCAAGAUCAACGUCAAACUGGGAGGAAUCAACAACAUCCUGGUUCCACACCAACGACCCUCAGUGUUCCAGCAGCCGGUCAUCUUCCUUGGGGCAGAUGUCACUCAUCCUCCUGCAGGGGAUGGGAAAAAGCCAUCUAUUGCAGCGGUGGUGGGCAGCAUGGAUGCCCACCCUAGCAGGUACUGUGCAACAGUGCGGGUCCAGAGGCCCAGACAGGAGGUGAUCCAGGACUUGGCCUCAAUGGUGCGGGAGCUCUUGAUCCAGUUCUACAAAUCAACGCGCUACAAGCCGACCAGGAUCAUUUUCUACAGAGAUGGAGUGUCAGAGGGACAGUUCCGACAGGUGCUGUAUUAUGAGCUGCUGGCUAUCAGGGAGGCUUGCAUCAGUCUAGAGAAGGACUACCAGCCAGGGAUUACCUAUAUCGUUGUGCAGAAACGUCAUCACACAAGACUCUUUUGUGCAGAUCGCAACGAGCGGGUUGGACGAAGUGGAAACAUUCCUGCUGGCACCACAGUGGACACGGACAUCACCCAUCCCUACGAGUUCGACUUUUACCUCUGCAGUCACGCUGGAAUCCAGGGUACGAGCCGGCCCUCCCACUACCACGUUCUUUGGGAUGACAACUGUUUCACCGGCGAUGAGUUCCAGCUCCUCACCUACCAGCUGUGCCACACCUACGUCCGCUGCACACGCUCCGUCUCCAUCCCUGCACCGGCCUACUAUGCCCACCUGGUGGCCUUCCGUGCUCGCUACCACCUGGUCGACAAAGAGCAUGACAGUGCGGAGGGCAGCCAUGUCUCGGGGCAGAGUAACGGCCGGGACCCUCAGGCACUGGCCAAGGCUGUCCAGGUCCACCACGACACACUGAGGACCAUGUACUUUGCCUAAACCCCAACAUCCCUCCAUCUACACAGACAGUCUGACUUCCAUCAGCCACACAUGGAGCGUCUCAUCCGGUCAGAUGCAACCUCGCAUGCUGGAUUUGGAUGACGACUGUUUGGCUGUGGGCUGCGUGAGGAUGUGAUAAGCCAGAGAGGAGCAACAGCCACAUUAUGCAAUAAGAAACCAGCCAAUCAUUUCUGCUCUGUCACCUUCAUCUUCCUCUGCUGUAUUCAAACUGAGUGGAUUUUUUUGUCUUUUUAAGCUCACACAUCACAUCGACAGCUUCCAGUUUCAACAGCAGCUCUUAAGUUUUAUUUUGCUCUUUAUUUUAUGUGUUUAAGAACAGCGGAGCAGCAGGGAAUUCAAAAACUGAUGAUGGUUUUUGGGGUGAGGGGCUUAAAACAGAACCAGUGAGGACUUGACUCGCUCUGUAGCCUCACAUUGAGCCUCAUGUUGCUGGUUUGUAUUGUAGAUGGUUUUACAUGUGUGUUUGUGGGUUUUCUGCUUCUUUAGAUUCAAUAUUGUUUGUGUUGUCUGUUGAGCAAAUGUGAGAUCACAAUGGCAUGUCGAGUACGCUUGUGACACAGUAGUUUCCCCCUCUUGCUGCCUUUAUGGUUACUCCUCUGACUCCCUUUAAGCCCGUUGUUCCUCACAGGUGUGACUCGGCACUCUACCAACACAGACACUGAAUGAAAUCUUAAUUUUAUUUAACACAAAGCCACGCACAGCCAUCGAUUGUUUAUCAUUUGAGGCCUUACUAUGAGGCAAAGUGCACAAACAGGACUGUUAGAAUACAACGCCACAAAACGGACAAUUUUUAACUUCUCUUGUGUGAAAACCAAACUUUUGAGUGUUUUAUUCCUCUUGCUAUUUAAACGUUCUUUAUUUUUUUUUUUUACUUAAAUUAACAUUCAGCAAUAGCUCAGAGCAGACAGAUUCUAACCACCUCUAAAUCUUUAGACUUCUCAUAUUUACUCAAAGAUCUGACCAACACAGUCGUCAGAUUGUCCUUCAGUGCAAUAAAGUGUUAGCGCAGAGCGAGCAGGGUCAGCGGUGUGUGUUUCCGAUAAGUAUUGGCGUGUUGAGAUAGUUUUAUUUGUGGGUUUUGGUAAGUUAUGUGAACUUGGUUUGAGGAAUGUUCAGUGUUUGACAUUCUGAUGAUCAUGGAGGACUGAUGCAGCAGGUGUGAGGUGGUGAGUGGAUCAGUCGUGAUCUUUGAGAGUGAAGAGAUUACACAAAGUGCCUGAUUUGUUGGCUGGAAAGUUUUUAAUCGUAUGUUGGUUCGGUGCCUCUGUUGAUACAUUUAGUGAAACGGUCUCGUAAUACUUUUGAACUUUAAAUCAUUGCACUGCCCGACACAUGGGGCUAGAUUAGCUGAUUUUGAAGCAUGAAUGCAUGCCAAGUUCAGGUGUUUACUCCUGAUGUUUUCUUCUCUGCCGACCAGAAAUAAUGACCUCCAUAUCCUAUUUAAACUCUAGUUUCCUUCUUAGCAGAAAUAUUCAGUUAGAUGUGCUUUGUUGAGGCGUUAAAUGUUUGAAUUGCACAAGUAAGAAAGCUGAGACUUGCUGCAAGAAUUGCUUUAAAUAUCAGCUUUUGAUUUUAUUGCAAGCUUUUUUGAUGCCUAUUAAUAUGGGUUAUUUUUUAAGUCCAAGUCAAAACUCUUUAGUUUCAUGUUACAAUGUAGGACUACCUUUCCAUCCAAGAAAACCAAAAACAGCUCACGUACUGCAGAACACUAAUGUCCAAAUUAUUUAUUAGACCAAAGUGACUUUUCAGGCUCUAAACUAAACCCUUGCACGCACUACAAGAUUUUGAAUAAGUGAGAGACUCCACAGAUUCAACAGUUUAGUUUUGUUAGCAAUGAGACAACAAGAACUUGAACCAGUCUCAGAACUCCCAAACACAACAUUAGAGUAAAGAAGCUAAUGUUUAGCUAAGCUACCUGCUAUAUCCAUUCUGGUGCCGAUGUCGGUCCAUCUCCUCUCCUGUGGUAUGAUUCACAGUACACCCAGUAUAAACACUUGUGUUGUUGCCACAAACCAGCAAGUUAGUCCUCCAGCCAAUGUCCAACUAGCGUAAUGCUUACUAUUGUUGCUGUGGCUGUAUUUGCUGUGCUUCCUCCUUUGGUCAUCUUGCUUCCUGAUUGGCUAAUGCUCUGUUCCUGUUCAUGCCUGCUUAGCUGUCCACAUGGUUCUCCCUCACAUUAGGAUUUCUGAUCAUAGAUAUUAGAUAUUAACAAUCUCCAGUCUGAGUGGCUCUGAUAGUCUUCUGAGCUGGUCAGAGAAGGUGAAAUCACUCAUACCACUGAAAAAUCUGGCAAGAUCAUCAGGCCUUUUAUUGAUUUAGGUCAGAAGGGGGGAAUUUGUCCCAAAAUCAACACGGUUAUCCUCAAGUGUGUAACCACGUCCCAAGAGCAGCUGCCCUCCAAACAUCACUUUGGUGCAGUAAAUGAUAUGGACAUUGAAACUAGGGGUUGCUGAUAAUAAUUUUUCUGGGCUAAUGUUGAUUAUUUAUAGCUUAAGAGACCAAUAACCAAUAUUUGGAACUGUUCUUCAUUUAUCAUGAUAAACUAAAUGUACUUAAUGUGACAAACAUUAGAUUGCAUGAUCUGAUAAUGAAGCACUAGCUCUGUUGACAUAAGAAACGGCAGGAAAACAGGAAGUGGUGCCAUACGCUCACUGUGUCAGUGGCAACCAAGCCUCAGUGUUGAUUGGCUAGUCCUUGUGUUGUGGACUGAUAAUCAGUCGACCUUUAAUUGGAGCCCUGCAGUUUGCAAGCUGUUUUUUGUUUUUUCCAUGUUCUCUUUGACUCAAAACCUGCCCACUUUGGUUUGGAUUCAUCUUCCUUUAUAACCAUCUGCAUAAAACCAGGAGACUCUUUAUCCUUAGUGAUGUUUUUCUUUCAAAAUUAGACUAACUUCAUGGAUUAAUUGACAUUUUAAAAAGGGGGUUGCAGCCCUGCUUACUGUGUUUAAGAAAUGCGAUCAUGAUUUUCCUCUUCAUCACAGAAUAAGUUUGCGGCCAGAGCUGAAAAACAAGCAUGAUGGAAGAUUGGGCUGUGUCACAAAACAAUGCUAGAGGACAAAGUUAUCAUCUUGGGCUAUUUUUCAUAUUGAAAAUAUUUUUAAGCAGAUUUUUUACCCUAUUAUUUAUCAGCCCAAGUAUAAAUCUGCUUCUACAGCAAUUUUUAAGAAAACACAUCAUCACAGGAGAAUAUUUUUUGCAUCUCUGUGACUUAUUACAAGUUAUUACCCAAUAAUCAUGAGUUUAAUGACGUAAAAUGUCCUAAUUUCAACAGCUUCCACGGCUGGAUAUAUUUCACCACACUUCCCAGAGGGUGCUGUGUGUCAUGGCCUUGCAGUAACAGUGUAAUACUGGCGAAACCUUCAGGUUUCACCACUCGGACCAAACCAACGUGCCUGGUUGAGGGAGGGGGGGGGCUAGGGGGGAUAUGGGUGAGGGUUUGGACCGCUUUUACAGCAUGGUGUUGAACGGCUCUGCUGGCCAUGCUAGCUACACGUCACUGAACCAAACCGAAGCUGCUAUAAGAGAACACCUUUAAGAGGCCAUCAGAUACAUAUAGGCUUUAUUAUAUGAAUAUAGAGAGAUGAGGAGGAUAUGGUAUUUUACUGCACUUAAAAAGAUGCAUGUUUUUAUGGUUGUGCUUGAUUCUUUUGCCUCUAGGUGAAGCAUUUUAAGUAUGAGAUCACACCAGAUUGUCCCCAUGUGUUAUAUUGAUGUCAGCUGUUUCUUAACGUCGGACAUUACCAGCAUUUGAUUUUACUUGAAAGAGAAAUUAGGUGUGGGCAUGUUUAUUGUUGGAUCUGCUUGAUUUUGAGAGUCUAUAUAAUUAGCCUUAUAACGAGAACCCUUUCUGCGCUCAUGAUGCCACGUGCGGUAUAUCGACCUCUGGAGCCUGUCCGCGGCAGGACUCUGUCUUAUCAGAUGCCUUUAUUUCCUCAAAAUAAACACAUUUUUAAGUCUGAAUCGAGAUAUAUUUAUAUGUGAAGAUGUUAAUGUAACGCACACACCACUUAUUUUUUCUAACACAGCCCUAUUUGAAGCAGAGGCGUGCUAGCUGUAGUGAAAUAUGGCGUUUAAUAAUCGUCUGUGAGAUUUUGUUGUUUCCAAAUUUAAUAAUGCAAUAGGUUUACUUACUUGUGUGUUUGCUGGUUGACCCGCUAAUAUGUGGAGACUGUUAGAGGUUGUUUUUAGUCAUGUAGGAGAUCCGAUGGACCCUCAACCCUCCUCUCCUGAAAACCUGUGAAACCUUCCCUCUUACUGUUGUUUUAUCAUCUCAAAAUCUUGUCAAAGGCUUUUUUAUUUUGAAGGGGUUUACAACAUUUCUUAGCUGCAAACUGAAUCAAAGUUAGAUUUUUUUAUUAUUUAAUUUAGCAUAUUCAUGAGAGGAGGAGGGUUGAAAGUUCAUCCUCGGACUGAUUCGUCCGUUAACAGACUGUGCCUUUCCUGAUGGUGCUGAAAAUAAAAAAAAAACAAGUAAAUCAAAGAAAUCUUAACUUUCAGAAAGGCCGCAGAGGCCCAGAGUCUACAUUGAUAAGUAUAUAUUGAUACAUGACAAUACUGUAAGAUGUGAUUGUGUGAGUGUUUGAUGUACUGCGUGUGAGUGUGGAUACCUCUGACAAAUGCCAAGAACACAAAAAUAUGCAGACCUGAUCAGUGUGGAGCUGACCGGACCAAAAGGCCUGUGGGGAUCUGUUUCAGAGGACGGGCACUUCUCAGCACAACCCAAAAAUGAACCUUUUGGAAAACGGAUAAAAACUAGGGAAACCUUCACGACCCCAAGUAGCUCUUUGUAGACAUUAUGUAGCAUUAUUUAUUCACUGUCUCUACAGGGAGGAUGUCAUACUCUCACUGCCUGUAGACAUAUUUCCCUCCUUUUAUUGAGUUUUCAUCUUCAAUUGGAUGGCAAUAAUGAAGUUUCUCUGUAUUCAUGUCUUUAAAUCUGACCUGUUAAUUUAAGUUUAUUUUAAUGUGAAAAUGUUGUGUUUACAGAUCUUAGACAGUUCCUUGGUUUGAUUGCUCAUCUACAAGUGCCCGUCUCUCGUGUUAAAGGAUUCCCCACGUUAAUAAAUCUUUGAACCUCUGUGGUCGGCUGCAUAUCAGAUUUACAAACGAGACAAAUGAUGUUCGGGUUUCACAGUAUAUUCAUGUGCUUUGAUUUUGUUGCCUGAUUUAUGAAACGGUGUCACUUUUAGAAGUAAAAACUGUACAUCAAGACCUUUGUCUUAACACUCAUCUGAUCCCGGUCCUAAGUUGAGCCUUUUUAUUUGGAUGUCAUAUUUAAUUUUUUUUUGGA